GCGCCCCUCCGCCGGUGCAGAAGAGACGGAGCUCCCGGCCCCCGCGGAGGAGCGGAGGAUCAAUGCGGUUCAGGAAUCGAUUCCAGCGUUUCAUGAACCAUCGGGCCCCAGCCAAUGGCCGCUACAAACCAACCUGCCAAGAACAUGCUGCUAACUGCUACACACACGCACUCCUCAUUGUUCCGGCCAUCGUGGGCAGCGCCCUCCUCCACCGGCUGUCUGAUGACUGCUGGGAAAAGAUAACGGCGUGGAUUUACGGGAUGGGCCUCUGUGCCCUCUUCAUCGUGUCCACGGUCUUUCACAUAGUGUCCUGGAAAAAGAGCCACUUAAGAACAGUGGAGCAUUGUUUCCACAUGUGCGAUCGGAUGGUCAUCUAUUUCUUCAUUGCUGCUUCCUACACUCCAUGGUUAAACCUCCGUGAACUUGGACCCCUGGCAUCUCAUAUGCGUUGGUUUAUCUGGCUCAUGGCAGCUGGAGGAACCAUUUAUGUAUUUCUCUACCAUGAAAAGUAUAAAGUGGUUGAGCUUUUCUUCUAUCUCACAAUGGGAUUUUCUCCAGCCUUGGUGGUGACAUCAAUGACUAACACAGACGGUCUUCAAGAGCUCGCCUGCGGGGGUUUGAUUUACUGCUUGGGCGUUGUGUUCUUCAAGAGCGAUGGCAUCAUUCCAUUUGCCCAUGCCAUCUGGCACCUGUUUGUGGCCACAGCAGCUGCCGUGCACUACUAUGCCAUUUGGAAGUACCUUUACCGAAGUCCCGCGGACUUUAUUCGACAUUUAUGACAAGUCUGUGCUAGGUCGUCCGAUCAGUAUUAUCUCUGUUGAGGCACUUGGGUCGGGGUAAGAGCUGAAUGUUGCACAGGGAAGAAGAAGAAGCAACUUGCACUGACUUGGUUUAAUGUUUUUGGACUCUAAUUACUGUGAAAGUAUAAAAGCUGUGCCCUGGAGUUUUCCUCCUCACAGCCAGCAAAUGAGGCAGUGAAUUAAUUCUUCAUUCCAUUCCACUAUCAUGAAGGACUCUGGGUAGACUUGGCCAACUGAUGUUUACAAACCAGAAUUUUGUAUUUUCGUUUUACAGAUUUUCCUAGAUGAGUUUUUCUAAAUUCCUAGGCCAGGUUGUCAAAGUCAGUGCAGUCACGCGACUUCCUUUUUAAGAAAAACAAAGAGUCGUUUCUCCCACUUUCCC